AAUAUAAACUCCCAUAUCUCUUUCUUCUCUGUUUUUCUUCCUCCAUUACCCAAUUCUUCAAUCCUCUUUCUCUUCGGAAGUUGGAACAAAAUUAAAGGCUGUUUCUUUGUUUUGUUUUGUUUCAAAUUUCUAGAUCAGAAACCCCUUUAGUUAAUUGGGUGUUUUUUUGUUUGUUUGUCUGUCUCCAUUUGAACAUGGAAAAUGGCGGCGUGAGAGUGAAAAGGGCAGAGAUCGAUACAAGAAAGCCAUUUGGUUCUGUCAAAGAAGCUGUUACUUUGUUCGGUGACAAGGUUUUAGCCGGAGAACUGAUCUAUACCACCAACAACCUUAAACAGAUGAAUGGGGGAGAGCAUAGAGAAAUGAUGAAGGGGCAGUUGAAGCUAGGGAGUGUUGCAGCUGAACUAGAAGAAACAAAGCAAAGCCUGGAGAAGGCCAAAGAAGAAAGCAUGGCAAUGGCUCAUUGCCUCUCAUCCCUCCAAGAAGAGCUUGAGAACACUAAAAAACAGCUUCAACUUUUAAAGCAACGAGAAUUUGAGGAAGUCGCAGAUGUGAAAGUUGUAGAGGCCGAUUCAAUGGAAUUUCAAAAGAAACGCUAUGUCACUUUUGCCCACCCGCCGACCGCCGUUUCUCAGGUUGACACUCCGCCGACCGCCGGCGUCGAGAAGUUUGAGAGGCUCUCGUCUCUUAAAAGAGAGAAGAAGAAUAAGAUCAAGAACAGAUUAAUGCCUCUCAUUUCCGGCAUGUUUUCCAAGAAAAAAGGAAAUUAAGCCCAUCAUGAAAUUACAACAAUUAGAUAUGAGUCUCCUUGUAAGAAAAUAAGUGAAAAAAUUUCAGACAGACAGGAUUGUAACCGAACAGUUUGACGUUGAAUUUCUUAAGUUGGUCUUGUAAUAAGAAAUUCCGUGCAUAUAAAUUUA